AUGGGGACCCUCUCGCUGGCGUCAGGUCUGGUGGUGGCCCCCAUGGGCUGGGUGCUGCUGCUGGCCGCCACGGCCACCCCUCGCUGGCGGGAGCUGCCCCAGCGGCCUGGGUACCCCCGCGACGUCUCCUUCAGCGACGGCCUCUGGGAGAGCUGCGUGGAGGUGCUGGCCCAGCCGGGCCCAGCCUGCCGCUUGUUCCCGGAGGACACAGCCCGGUUCUGGCCCGUGCUGGUGCUGAGAGCUGCCACCGUGGGCUCGCUGCUGCUGGGGGCCGUGGCGUACGCCCUGGCCAUGCUGGGGGCGCGGUGGUGGGCUCCCCCGCCGCGGCACAACCUGGUGGCCUCUGCCGGGCUCCUGCUGAUGCUGGCGGGCGCCGUGUACCUGGGCGCCGCUUCCUACAUGGCUCACCGGGUGCUGCAGGACUUGGCCAGCCCGCAGACCCCCCCGGCGGACCGCUUCCACCUGGGGACGUGUCUCUACCUGGGCUGGGGCGGCGGAGGGGCGGAGGUGCUGGCUGGCCUCUGCUUGGCCACCAAUUUCUGCAGGAAGAGCGGGUUCGUCGCCGGGCCGGACGCUGCCCCUUACGAGGUGGAUUACUGA